CUGCCGUCUUCUUCUUCUACUGCUGCAGUGUCUGAUUCUCCCUCCACACCUUCAUCACCAUCAUCAUCAUCAUCAUCCUCUCCUCCCGCCUGUCUGUCUUGGUCUCCCCUCUUCCUCCUCCCUCCCUUCUCCAACCCCUCUCCUCCUCCUCCUCCUUCCCCAUCGCGCUCUCCGCCAGUGAAGGCAUGGGCAGAUAUCACAGCGACAAAAGAGAGAGAGAGUGGCAGAGAGACCUUGACAGAGACUGAGAGGGAGAAAGGGAGAGAGGGAGAGAAGGAGGCUGCAGACUUUUCGAGCAGAGAGGAAGAGGAGAGGACGAAGAAGAGACAGAGAUAGAGGAGUCUCCACCUUCGCCAUUUCAAUCAUGACUGUAGAAGACGGUCUCUGAAACUUGGGUAAAAAGACGCUUCAUCUACGAGACCAGCAACAGAUUGAGGUGGUACCGCACUGAGCUCCAACCAGAUGGAGGUGAAUGCUGUUGAAAAACGCCAUCGAACACGAUCCAAAGGAGUCCGAGCUGCCGUGGAAGCAGUAACGCAGGAGUUAUUCAGCUGUCCCACCCCGGGCUGUGAUGGCAGCGGUCACGUCAGCGGGAAGUACGCCAGACACCGCAGUGUCUAUGGCUGUCCACUGGCCCAGAGAGAGUGCAGAAAAACCCGGCCCCUGGAGCCAGCUGCCAAGAGGAGGCCCUUCCUCGCCUCCUGUCCAGGUGAGGAGGAGGAGGAGGAGGAAGGCGCUCGCACCUAUACCAGCUAUGAGAAUGAAGCCAUAGGGAUGGGGGAUGUGGGGAAGGAGCAAGGAGAGGUAGUGGAGGAGGAUGAGGAGGAAGAGGAAGGGGAAAGAGAAGUAGAUGAGGAAGAAGACGGCGAAGUGGAGGAUGAGUUCUCAGAGGACAAUGAGGAGCAGGGAGAGGAGGAGGAAGAGGAAGAAGAGGAGGAGGUGGAGGUGGACCGAGCAGAUACCACAAUAGGAGGACAGCAGGUGGAGGAGGAGGAGGGGAUAGACGAGGAGGAGGAAGAAGUGGAUGAUGGUGAUGAGGAGGAGGACCAGGAGGAUGAGGGAGAGGAAGACGAGCAAGAAGAGGAGGAGGAGGAAGAGGAGGUGCAGAAUCAUCAGCCGGAGAACCACUAUAAACCCAGUGGACAAUCAAAGCUCAUUCCAAUUCAGAAGGACGACGACAACAACAACAACAACAACAGCUGCAGUGCUGGAAACGGCACCGGAGAGGAGUACGAGAACUACGACGAGCUGGUCGCCAAGUCGCUGCUCAACCUGGGCAAGAUCGCCGAGGACGCUGCCUACCAGGCCAUGACCGAGUCAGAGAUGAACAGUAACUCGUCCAGCAGCGCUGGUGAAGAUGAAGAUGAUGAAGAGGAUGAUGGUAGUGAACAGGGCGACAGGAAGGGAGAACUGAGCGUGGACCUGGACAGUGAUGUUGUCAGGGAGACGGUGGACUCCCUGAAGCUCCUUGCACAGGGCCACGGUGCCAUGCUGCCUGAGGACGGCUACCCAGAAGGCACCAUGGUGGACAACGUAGGCCACGCUAACGGACGGCCCGGCAUAGGAGUCAGGGUUCAGGCAGAGGAGAGUGAGGAGGAGGUAUGUCUCAGCAGUUUGGAGUGUCUAAGGAACCAGUGCUUCGAUCUGGCUCAGAAACUAAGCGAGACACAGCCGUCUGAUCGCCCUGCCCUCCACGGCCUCCACCACCAACUCCAAAACCCUACGGACCAGCAGCUGGCUCACCACCUGAACAGGUACGACAGCUGCCAGCAGGGUGCACCAGAGGAGCCCAGGUCCCUGGAGCGCAGCUACUCCGACAUGGUGAAUCUGAUGAAGCUGGAGGAGCAGCUGAGCCCGGCAUCCAGAGGCUACCCAACCAGCUGCAGCCAAGAGGGCGACGAGGACACCACAUCAGUGGCCUCCGACCAUUCAGACGAGACCUUCGACAUGGCCAAGGGAAACCUGUCGCUUCUGGAGAAGGCCAUCGCCCUGGAAUCAGAAAGAGCCAAGGUCAUGAGAGACCGGAUGGCCUCAGAGCACAUGGUGCCCCGCCGAGAUCACCAUCUUCAUCGCAGCCACGGCGAGCACAGCCCGAGGCUGAGCAGCGCUGCAGAGGAUCGCAAGUCCAGGAUGCACCAUGAUGGACUGAAGAGGGCGUACUACCCUAAAGACUCUUCCAGAGGAGAGAAGAAGGAGAGCAAAUGUCCAACGCCGGGCUGUGAUGGGACGGGUCAUGUGACCGGUCUGUACCCGCACCACCGCAGCCUGUCCGGGUGUCCCCACAAAGACAGAGUCCCACCUGAGAUCCUUGCCAUGUACGAAAAUGUUUUAAAGUGCCCUACUCCUGGCUGCUCUGGACGGGGUCAUGUCAAUAGCAACAGGAACUCGCAUCGCAGUCUGUCUGGCUGUCCCAUCGCUGCCGCAGAGAAGAUGGCGAAGGUCCACGAGAAGAGUCACUCGACUGACAGUGGCAGCAAGACCAAUCAGACGUCAGACCGUGUUCUCAGGCCGAUGUGUUUUGUCAAGCAGCUGGAGAUUCCUCAGUACGGCUAUAAAAACAAUGUUCCCACCAGCACGCCACGGUCCAACCUGGCCAAGGAGCUGGAGAAAUACUCCAAAACCAGCUACGACUAUGGUGGCUACGACGGCCAGCAUGGCGGCUAUGGAAAGAGAGGCCCAACAACCAAGUCCCACCAUGGGCGAGACACUUCCCCGAAAGGAUACGAUGCUAAGCGUUACUGUAAGACGUCGAGCCCAGCGAGCAGCACGACAAGCAGCUACGCUCCCAGCAGCAGCAGCAGCCUGAGCUGUGUAGGAGGAGGAGGUGGAGGACCAGGGGGUGGUGGAGGGGGUGGAGGAGGAAGCAGCGCCAGCAGCACCUGCAGUAAGAGCAGCUUCGAUUACACCCACGACAUGGAGGCAGCACACAUGGCGGCCACGGCCAUCCUCAACCUGUCGACGAGGUGCCGGGAGCUCCCGCACGCUCUGGGAGGGAAACCCCAGGACCUGCUGACACAGAGUCCGGUUGGUGACCUGGACGACAGCGGCGCUGUGGACGUAGCCAGGCAGCCCGUGCUCAACAGCCGCUGCUACCAGCUGAGUGACACCGACUGCUGGGACCUGCCUGUCGACUACACCAAGAUCAAACAGCUGGGAGAUGAGCAGGACCACAAAGAGAGCGACGAGCUGGAUCCCUUCCAGGAGCUGCUGGACGAGCAGCGCUACCCAGCCGAGGUGACCAUGCCCAGCCCCAAACACCACAAAUACCUGCCCUGCAAGGAGAGCAAGAAGGAGCUCAUCACGCUGUCAAGCUGCCAGCUGGCCGACAAGAACAUCCGUGGGAUGAUGACGACCAACUCACAAGAACUCAAGUGUCCGACCCCCGGCUGUGAUGGAUCUGGACACAUCACUGGAAACUAUGCCUCCCACAGGAGUCUGUCGGGUUGUCCACGGGCCAAGAAGAGCGGCAUCAAAAUCCUCCACAACAAAGAGGACAAGGAUGACCAGGAGCCAAUCAAGUGUCCUGUCCCGGGCUGUGAUGGUCAGGGUCAUGUGACAGGGAAGUACGCCUCACACCGCAGCGCUUCAGGCUGCCCCCUGGCUGCAAAGAGACAGAAGGACAACUAUGUCAAUGGCUCUCAGUUCGUCUGGAAAUCUGGCAAGACGGACGGCGUGACGUGCCCAACCCCAGGCUGCGAUGGCUCAGGACACGUCAGCGGAAGCUUCCUGACCCAUCGGAGUCUCUCCGGUUGCCCCCGUGCCACCUCGGCCAUGAAGAAGGCCAGGAUGAGCGGUGUGGAGAUGCUGACAAUCAAGCAAAGAGCAAGUAAAGGCAUUGAAAACGACGAAGAAAUCAAACAGCUGGAUGAAGAAAUCAAAGAUCUGAACGAGUCCAACAAUCAAGUGGAGUCUGACAUGAUAAAACUGAGGACACAAAUCACCACCAUGGAGACCAACCUGAAGUCCAUCGAGGAGGAGAACAAGGUGAUCGAGCAGCAGAAUGACUCACUGCUGCACGAGCUGGCCAACCUCAGCCAGUCGCUCAUCAACAGCUUAGCUAACAUCCAGCUUCCACACAUGAGACCGCUGCCACAGAAAGAGGCCCCCAUAAAGCAUAACUGCUGUUUACAGAUGCUUCCCAGAGUAAGAGAUCCAUUUAUCCUUUAUCCAAUUAUCCUUCUCUUCUGCACUGUCAUCCCCCCUCCUAUGACUCCUUUAGCUCACUGUGGUGUCCGUACGUUACAACUAUCACUUUACACUGCGGUGUAACUCUGUCAUAUGAACAGUGAUAGUAACUAAUUAAACUACCAUUGUAAAGUUCCAGACAAAAACUGAGUGGAAGUUAUGCCUUUAGCAUUUUCCCCACAGAUGGCACAAACAUCAGCCAUAUCGGAGAAGAACCAAAAACUAUUUUUGAAAGAAUUCAUCUCCUGUCAGAGUUUCACCGAUUGACCACUGGUUUGUUAUUUCUGCCAGCACCGAGAUGCUAAAAUUCUAAUUAUAUACAUUAUAUUAUACAUAUUAAUUGAAAUAAAUCAACUGAUUUAUGAGACAAAUGAAAUUCACAUGACAA